UUUAUAUUUGGGCCCAACCAAGGCUUUAAAAAAAGAAAAAAAGAAAAAAGGAAAAAAAACACAACAACUUGUUUCAAAGUUCUAACGACAGAAAUGCAAGUCCAAAGCCCAGCCUCCGUGUGGUCUGCAGCAAAAUUUGUUGGGAAAAAGCCUGUUUUGCCUACGGUUCGGGCGAAAUCACUGUUCAGCUCUCCUGCCACCACCACCACCACCUCCGAAGACCGUUCGCCAAUGGCAGCGUCAGGCCCUAAGUGGGCUCAGAAGACUAUUACCCUGCCCCCCCUCAGCCGAGGCUGCCACCUCAUCACCCCUAAGAUAACCAAGGAAAUUGAUCAAGACUUGUCAGGAUUUAAGUGUGGUCUUGCACAUCUCUUCUUGCAGCACACAAGUGCUUCUCUUACCAUCAAUGAGAACUACGACUCUGAUGUUCGGGAUGAUACUGAGACGUUUCUCAACAGGAUAGUUCCUGAGGGAACAUCUGCGCCCUGGAAGCAUACCCUGGAAGGCCCAGAUGACAUGCCAGCACACAUUAAAUCAUCAAUGUUUGGAUGUGCACUGACGGUCCCAAUUACAAAUGGAAAGCUUAACAUGGGAACCUGGCAGGGAAUAUGGUUGUGUGAGCAUCGUGACUACCCAACAGCGCGCAAAGUUGUGAUCACCCUCAAUGGAAUUUGAGAAUUUUAAGAUUUGGAGACUGUAUGUUUGGCUUUCCUGGAAUUUGAGAAUUUUAAGAUUUGGAGACUAUCUGUUUGGCUUUCCUGGGUAUGUAGAUGUAUUUACACCAGUUGGUGUCUGACUUUUGUUGAUGCUAUGUUUUUGCAAUUCCCAACUGGGCGUUUCUAAUUUUGGUUACUUGCUACUUUGUGGAAAUAUUAAUUGUACGACAAAGACAAAUGUUAAAGAAAUGUUCCAGGAAACUUAUAAAAUAUUGAGUUGUUGGCUGCUGAUCCUGGUAGAAAAACUUGGACUGACAAGCCGAGCUCUGAACUUUAUGGAAA